AUGGUUCCGGCGCCUCGCACCGGACCCUCGGCGCGGUCGCAGAAGCGUCUGCGACAAGACGUCAUGGGUGGCGACGUUCGGUUCAAGCGACGCGUCGAGCGGGCGUACGGCGCGGAAACACCGGGUUUGGAGGUGUGGUUGGAGCUGAGCGGAAAACUCGUGGCGAAUGACAUCCUGCCGACGCGACUACGAGACGCGAACAUGCGUCACGUGAGCACGACGGCGGUGGAGAUGCGGGCGCUGAUCGGGGAUAAGAUAUUUGGCGCGGCUUUGUUGGAAGAGAUGGUGGCAACGGAAUUGGUGACGGAUACCGGGGAGGCGACGAGGCAAUACUCGCUCGUGGCGAGCAACAGCGCGAUGGCGCAGUUUGUGUCGCAAGUUUUGCCAGCGCACGUGGCGGGUGGGAGGGUCGUGGAGGAGCACAGCGCGGGGACACUGAUUGAGGCGGCGGUAUAUAUGGUGAAUCAGAUGCCAGGAGGACCGCAGGCGGUGAGACAGCUCGCGAGAUGGUUUGUGUAUAACGUCGUCGUGCACGGACGAUUGCAGGGAGAGAUUGCAAAUCCGAAAGGGUUGAUCCUAGAAUUGAACGGCAUGACGUCCGCAGAGCGCGUUCCCGGAACCCCCGAUCACCUAGCACAGUUUGUCGGCCGAUGCAUCUGGCCCGCGGACAAUCCUGUGCGGGAAACCAAGGCGAUCGGGCGAAGCAAAACGGCGGCGGCAGCCGCCGCCGCCAAGGAAAUGCUGGAGCUCUACGGUCACGAAAUCCAUAACGCCCCUCCGCAGGAGCCCGCCAAAGAAAAGGAGAAGAAAGACGCCAAGCUCGCAAACGCGUUCGGUCACCUUCUCACCCUCGGAGGCAUCAUUGUCGGCGGCGACGCCGUCCUCAUCUCCGAGCCAGGCGACCCGCCUCGUUUCGUCGCCACCAUGCGCUAUGGUAACGAAGAGGCCCGCGCCGAGGCCUCGACGAAAUCCGACGCCAAGCGAAACGCUAGUCGACAGCUCUUAGAGCUCAUCGGCGAGUACGAUGACUGA